AUGUUUUCCUUCCUGGCGUAUUGCUACCUCAAGACAGUUGCGGUUCUUCUGCGGUCCAUCAUCGCCCUGGGUGGGCGCAUUGCAGGCCGCCCUGUACCCCGACCGGAUGAAGUUCGGCACAUCGCAUCGCGCGAUCCCUGGAGGACGAUCAAAAUCCAUGUGUAUCAUCCAGCCAAAUCCAUAAAGGAGCCGAGACCGGUCCUGAUUAACUUCCAUGGUAGCGGGUUCCUGCUUCCCAUGCAUGGCAGCGAUACGGAAUUCUGUCAGACUAUCAGCAACAACACCCAAUAUACAGUGCUCGAUGUGCCGUAUCGCCUGGCGCCGGAGAACCCAUUCCCUGCAGCACUGAAUGAUGUCGAAGAUGCCAUCAAAUAUGCCCUCCUUUGCUCAAAAGAGUUUGACCGCACGCGCAUUUGUCUCUCUGGAUUCAGUGCAGGAGGAAACCUUGUGCUGGCAGCGUCGGCCACGCUCUUCCCUCCAAAUACCUUCCACGCUCUCAUUGCAUUCUAUCCCGCGCUGGACCUGGCCUCUGAUGCGGCUACCAAGGUCGCUCCAGAUCCCAAAGGACGCGUGAUUCCAAUUCCUGUCGCGCGUUUGUUCAAUCGUUGCUAUGUCCCUCCCGGCGUGGACAGACGGGAUCCCCGAAUUUCUCCCAAAUACGCCGAUCUAGAGCGAUUCCCGCACCGAAUGCUGAUGAUCACUGCCGAGGGCGACUCACUCGCUCUCGAAGGAGAAGAUCUAGCGAGAAACCUCGGGAAACUCCCCGGUCGACAUGUCGUCAGCGAGCGCAUGGCCGGGUGCAACCAUGCGUGGGACAAGCGCACGCAGGCGGGAACCCCACAGCGAGAGGCUCGGGACCGGGCAUAUGCUAUGGCGGUGGACAUGUUGAACGAGGCUUAG